GAUGGUAAUGAGAAGUUUUGGCAGUUCUUGGAAACUGUACGGGAAUUAACAAUUUAUAAGCAAAGAGAUUCAGAGCAUUCUUACUACAAUUUAAUUUUGAAGAAAGCAGGACAAUUUUUAUCCAAUUUGCAGGUCAACCUAUUGAAGUUUGCACUUUCCAUAAGAGCGUAUUCUCCAACUGUUCAGAUGUUUCAACAGAUUGCAGCUGAUGAACCUGCACCAGAAGGCUGCAGUGCAUUUGUGGUGAUCCAUGAGAAACACACCUGUAAAACCAAUGAAAUAAAAAAGCUUCUGAAGAAGGCCAUUAAGCGACCCAGGCCUUAUCUUUUUAAGGGAGACCACAUAUUCCCAACUCUCAAAGAGAAUGGUCCAGUGGUGCUUCUUUAUGCAGAAAUGGGUACAAAAGACUUUGCUAAAUUCCACAAGAUUUUAUCUGAAAAGGCACAAAAGGAGGAAAUUGUUUAUGUUCUCCGUCAUUAUGUACAGAAACCAAAAUCCAGAAAAAUGUAUUUAUCUGGCUAUGGUGUAGAACUUGCCAUAAAGAGCACAGAAUAUAAAGCAGUAGAUGACACACAGGUUAAAGGAGCAAAUGACACUUCAGAAGUGGAAAAUGAGGAGGAGGAGGAGGAAAGUGAUGUCCAAGGAUUUCUCUUUGGCAGAUUGAGACAAAUGCAUCCCAAUCUGAAAAAUAAUCUGAAAGAGUUCAGAAAACAUCUAAUUGAAACCACUAACAACAUGGAGCCUCUGAAGGUGUGGGAGCUACAGGAUCUUAGUUUUCAAGCAGCUGCUCGAAUUAUGUCUACUCCUGUUUAUGAUGCCUUAAAGGUAAUGAAAGACAUAGCUCAGAACUUCCCAAUAAGAGCCAGAUCAUUGACCAGAGUGCCUGUAAGCAAGGAACUGCGAAAUGAAAUAGAGAAAAAUCAGAAGCAUUUUUAUGAAAUACUUGGAAUUCAACCCGGAGAGGGACGCCUGUUUCUAAAUGGCCUUCACAUCGACAUGGAUUUUCACGAUCCAUUUAGUAUCUUAGAGACUCUCAGACUGGAAGGAAAAGCGAUGCAUGGUCUUCAUGAGCUUGGAAUCAAAGAGGAGAUCCUGAGCAAAUUUAUGAGACUGCAAGUACAUUCUGCAGGUGACAGUUAUGCCCUGGAUAUUCGUCACUCUUCAAUAGUAUGGAUUAAUAAUAUAGAAAGAGAUCACAGCUAUAGCACAUGGCCUGCAAGCUACCAGGAGCUGCUUAAACCAGCAUUUCCUGGAGUCAUACAGCAAAUCAGGCGCAAUUUGUAUAACUUGGUACUUUUUAUUGAUCCCAUCCAAGAAGAUACAAAUGAUUAUAUAAAACUGACAGAAUUGUUCUCUCAUCAUAAUGUACCACUUCGAAUUGGAGUUGUUUUCAUCUUAAGUACCAAAGAAGAAACUGAUGGAAAUGAAGAUGCUGGAGUGGCGCUUUGGAGAGCAUUUAACUACAUCGCGGAGGAGACUGACACCUCUCAAGCCUUUACCUCAAUAAUUAAUAUGUACUAUGAAGUGGAAGAUGGAAAAGUUCUGUCAGUAAAUCAUGUGAAAAAUGUUCUUGGACGUGAAUUCCCCCACGCUGAUGUUCAGAGUAUAUUAGGUGUUCACUCUGAAUAUGAUGAAGGAAGGAAGGCAGGAGCAACCUUUUAUAAGAAGACUGGCCUGGGUCCAUUGCCGCAAGCCCUGUUUAAUGGUGUGCCCUUUACCAGAGAGGAGAUGGAUGGUGCAGAGUUAGAGACAGUUAUUCUCCAGAGGAUUAUUGAUGCCACCGGCUUCUUCCAGAGGGCAGUUUUCAUGGGUUUGUUGAAUGAUCAUGUAAACGCAAUAGAUUUUCUUAUGGAACAGCAUAAUGUAGUUUCUCGUGUAAACCCAACCAUUCUUGGAGCAGAAAGAAAAUACAUACAUUUCAGGUCCACAUCUGUUCCCUUUGAUGUGCAAGACUUCUCUACUUUCUCCUUUUUGGACUCACAAGACAAGAGUGCUGUAAUUGCAGAUGACAUGAAGUACUUAACCAAAAAAGAUGAAGAUGUAUUAUAUGCUGUUACUAUCUGGAUUAUUGCUGAUUUUGAUAAGCCAGCAGGGAGAAAACUGCUUUCUAAUGCCUUGAAACACCUGAAAACAAGCAGACAUACACGACUUGGAAUUUUGAACAAUCCUUCAUCAAAAAUACAAGAGGAUAACACAGCCAUUGCAAGAGGAAUUUUGACAGCUUUUUUAACCCAAAACAGCAGCAACCUAAGAGGUUUCUUAAGUAAACUCACAAAAGAAGAGACAGCAAAAUCCCUUGCUGCUGGGACUAAAAUAAUUAAAUUCCUCAUGCCAGGAAUGGAUGGGGAUGCUUUUGAGAAGAAGUACAACACUUUAGGACUGGAUGUAAUUAAAACGCACCAGAUGUUUUGCCAGGAGGUUCUUAAACUGCUUCCCGGGCAAAUGGCUGUUGUGAGCAAUGGCAGGAUACUGGGUCCUUUAGAUGAAAAUGAAUUCUAUGCAGAAGACUUUCAAUUGUUGGAAAAAAUAACAUAUACUACCUCAGCAGAGAAGAUUAAAACUCUUGUCAAAGAGAUGGGAAUCAAUGCUAAAAGUGGCAGUGAUUUGAUUAUGAAAAUAGAUGCCCUGUUGUCGUCUUUGCCUAAAACAGAGAUGAGACAAGAUGUGAAAUUACUCAAAGAACAGCAUAGCGCAGUGAAAAUAGAUCCUGAACAGAAUCAACCGUUCUAUGAUGUUAUUGCUAUUGUUGAUCCAUUGACAAGAGAAGCACAGAAGAUGGCUCACUUGCUGAUUGUGCUCAAAGAUGUUAUAAAUAUGAGACUCCGGUUGUUUCUGAACUGCAGAUCCAAGCUGUCGGAAGUGCCACUGAAGAGCUUCUAUCGCUUUGUUCUGGAACCGGAAUUAACUUACGGAAUCAACAACCACCUUCCUUCUGAACCUGUGGCCAAAUUCCUGGAAUUGCCAGAGUCACCCCUUUUGACUUUAAAUAUGAUCACUCCUGAGAGCUGGUUGGUUGAAGCAGUGAACAGUUCCUGUGAUCUUGAUAACAUCCACUUGCAGGAUAUAAAAGGGAACGUGAUAGCAGAAUAUGAACUGGAAAAUCUGCUGCUUGAAGGACACUGCUUCGAUGUGACGACCGGGCAGCCUCCUCGGGGCUUGCAGUUCACCUUGGGCACGAAGAACAACCCUGUCAUGGUCGAUACGAUAGUGAUGGCCAAUCUGGGAUAUUUUCAGCUGAAAGCAAAUCCAGGUGCUUGGACUCUGAGAUUGCGUAAAGGAAGAUCCGAGGAGGUUUAUCAGGUUUUUUCGCAUGAAGGAACAGAUUCUGUAGCUGACCUGGCAGAUGUUAUUGUGGUGUUAAACAGCUUCAGAAGCAAGAUCAUCAAAGUCCAAGUACAAAAAAAGUCUGAUAAAGUGAAUGAAGAGCUCCUUACUGACGACGUAACAGCAGAGAAAGGACAUUUCGACUCAGUUACAAGUUUUUCAGGAGAAAUUCCAACAGAAGAGAUGGAAAAGAGAAGUGAUAUUCUUAAUAUUUUUUCAGUUGCUUCAGGCCAUUUAUAUGAACGUUUUUUAAGAAUAAUGAUGCUUUCUGUUCUGCGCCAUACAAAAACACCGGUUAAAUUUUGGUUUCUGAAAAACUAUCUCUCCCCAACGUUCAAGGAAGUUAUCCCUCACAUGGCUAAGAAGUACGGAUUCAAGUAUGAGUUAGUACAGUACAAGUGGCCCCGCUGGCUUUAUCAACAGACAGAAAAGCAAAGAAUUAUCUGGGGCUACAAAAUUCUUUUUUUGGAUGUUCUUUUCCCCUUGGCUGUGGAUAAAAUAAUAUUUGUUGAUGCUGAUCAGAUUGUGCGAAGUGACCUAAAGGAACUCAGAGAUCUGAAUCUGAACGGAGCUCCCUAUGGAUACACUCCGUUCUGUGACAGCCGCACGGAAAUGGAUGGGUACCGCUUCUGGAAAUCGGGAUACUGGGCCUCGCAUCUUGGGAAAAGGAAAUACCACAUUAGUGCCUUGUAUGUCGUGGAUCUGAAGAAGUUCAGGAAGAUUGCAGCAGGAGACAGGCUUCGGGGCCAGUACCAGGCUCUUAGCCAAGAUCCAAACAGUCUGUCCAACCUAGAUCAGGACCUGCCCAACAAUAUGAUUCAUCAAGUAGCUAUUAAGUCUCUCCCUCAAGAGUGGCUUUGGUGUGAGACCUGGUGUGAUGAUGAAUCCAAGAAAAAGGCCAAAACGAUAGACYUGUGCAACAAUCCCCAAACCAAAGAGCCCAAACUGCAGGCGGCUGCCAGGAUAGUUCCCGAGUGGGUUGAGUACGACGCCGAGAUACGGAAGUUAAUAGAAAAAAUUGCCCUGGAGAAUAAAAAUCAAACAUCGCUCUUUCAAAAAGGUUUUAAGCACGAUGAACUUUAGCAUCACCUGUAAACAGCAACGGUGACAGCGCAGGAGUCUUCUGUGGAAGACUGAAGGGCAGAUGUGAAUAUUACAGUGAUGCKGUUGUUUUUAACAUUCUUCAAUAUGAAGUCAAAUAUUUUAUAACUUAUAAAGUUAUUUAUAAACUUUAAAUGAAAGGAAGAGACAAAUGCCCCUGUACUUGAUUUUUGAAACAGUACAGAGUAUCCUUCCUAAUUUCUUGUUUUAUAUUUUCCUUCUCUAACAGUCAGUACCUGCAAGUUGUUUCCACUCCAUUUCAAUCAUCGCGAUUCUGUUUUGAAUUUGAAAUAAAAUAAUAAAAUUCUUGAUGGAUUCUGCCUACUGAUGAUGCUUACUGUAAUUUUAUACAUAUGUCCUCACAUAACUUGAUCUAGUGGGCCGCCUGCAGGCAAGAAGUAAGUUCUUCCAGUUUUCAUAUUUGAAAAYAGGCAAUUUAUUGAAUUGAAAUGCAGUGUCUUAAACACACGGUUGUUCAGGCCUCCUGUUUUCAAAGCAGCCUGGAUCUCGGCACAGAUCCUUUUAAGAACACGUGGGUUGCAGCUUUCCAUCUGACCGUGCGUAGCUGGAGGCGACGGGGACACGGUUUGCACGGAGCAGAUGCCAUCUMCAUCAAUGCUCGGUGAUCACUGACCCUCUCCAUCAGUUUCAUAAUAUUUACAUGCUUCCCAAUAACCGAAUAAAUCACAGGAAAAAUGAAGCACUUCUGCAUGCACUGACAUUGUUCCCACACGUGGGCUAUUUAAAACUGCUUGCGCUAAGAGAAAUGCUUUACAACCGUGCUUUGCAGAAAUGUGUCCAGUCUUUGUAACAUGCAGAUUCUUUACUGCAUUUUAUUCUCGUCUCUGGAUUACAUUUAUGCCUUUUAGCCUUAAAUUUUUGAAUAACACAGCGUGAAUGUGACCCCUGUGUGUUCAGACAGGCCGCUUUGGUGGACGUUUUCUUUGCCAGAAACACCCUGUGAAAUGUUCCCUGCRGCCAGGUCCUGCUCGCUCCAGCCCUCCGCAGUUUCCCAGUUCCCUGCAGGGUCUGUCUUGCUGCACGUCUUCUCCAGCACAAUGCUGCUUAAGAAUAUCAGGCCGUGAGUGAAACAUGAAACAUAUGCUUAAAGUUGGUAUAUUUUGUAACACACAGAUGGGCAUAUAGGAGACUGAGCAGAUACGUGCUCAGUUACCAUAAGUGCAGUGUGUGGCAAGAUGACAACUGAUGCCCCGUAUAUAUAAAGAGGAAAAAGAAAACAUGAGUCAGCUGCUUGCUGGGUCUGGUUUUGUUACCCUGCCCUUACACUCUGGGGCUUAAUUUACAGCAGUUUGCCACAUGGAUGUCUUGGAGUUUCAUYCUUACAGUUUACAUUGGAAAACUCUUUUCAACCAGAAGUUAAAGGCUCAGUAUCCAUAAGAUACCUCUAAUUAUGACCAGCUGUGUGGGAAACUUCUCAUGUGCAGUAUAAAAGAUGGGGAUAACUUAUGCAGUGAUUUCAAGUUCAUUUUUCCUGUACCAUCCUGUCCUUCUAUUUGAGAUCUGAUUACUUCUACAUGCUUUAAAAGGAGCUGUCUCCUUAAAAAAAAAACCAAUUUCCUUUCGAUUAUUUAAACAAUUAGAAUAUAAUUUAUGAGGAAUGUAAUUUGUUGGAGAAACUUGGAAGAUUUAAAAGAUUUCAUGGCAUUUUCUACAGUGUUGUAUAUGUUUGUAAAAAUGUUU